AUGUCGGAGAAGAUUAUGUAUGAAUUUGAAUACCCACGAACGUCUAAGAGGUAUCUCUUGAUCGAAGGGUUCAAGCCGCUAAAGCGGAAAGAUAUAUCUCUUCGCCUGAAGCGUUGUGGAUUUAGGCGUGUCACGCCAACCUUCUGUAAGUUCCUGGAUAAUCGUUCCCGGAUAAUGCCUGCCGCAGGGACUAACCCUAUCUUCGCGCAUACUUCCUUGUUUGUCUGGGAGUUGAAUCAGAAGCAUCGAAUGAAAGCUUCUUUACAGGACCUCUUCUAUUUCCCUCCAUUCUUCUUCCUAGUGACCUAG